AUGAAGGACCGUGGGAGCUUCCAAAUCCCCUGCAUCAUAGGGGACAUUAGCAUUGAAAAAGCAUUGUGUGAUUUGGGAGCUAGCAUCAACCUUAUGUCCUUAGCCAUUAUGAAAAGGAUGAGAAUUGAAGAGGCCAAACCAACAAGAAUGGCACUUCAAUUAGCUGAUAGAACAUUCAAAUUUUCUCAUGGAGUGGUGGAGGACUUGUUGGUUAAGGUGGGAGAGUUCAUCUUCCUAGCUGAUUUUGUGGUACUUGACAUAGAGGAAGAGGCUAACACAUCAAUCAUACUAGGGAGACCAUUCUUAGCCACAACUGGGGCUAUAAUUGAUGUACAAAAGGGAGAAUUAGUCCUGAGAUUACAUGAAGAAAAGAUGAUGUUCAAUGUUUUCACAGCAAUGAGCUACCCAAAAGAAUCCAUUGGUGAAUGCAUGAUGAUAGACACCAUGGAAAAACUGGUCUAA